AUGGUGGGGACCAACCUGACUAGUCUCAAUGACCUUCUGGCGGAGGUUAUGAAAAUUAAUGGGCAAACGCUGGAAGACAUCGAUAAUCAGAAGUACCUCGAAACCAUGGAUAUCAUUUUUCUGAUUAUUCUAAUUUCAGAAAACAAGCCCUUUCCUGCCAUCCAAUGCGUCCCGCUUUAUUCAAUGUUCUAUGCGAAGUCAAAGAAAAAACAUGUGAGUUGACUUUUUCGAGUUUAAAGUUUUGAAAAUUUUUUUCAGCUUUGUCAAUUCGAACAGGUGUUGACGAAACUCCGGAAGACCCUCAGUUGAUGCGACUAGACAACAUGCUGGUAACUCAUAUUUAUCAUUAUCCUUAAAAUUAAGGUUCAAAUCAAACUGGAAGACACCUAAUACGAUAUGUAGUUCACCAUCUAUUGAGAAAUAUCUUCUUUUUCAAUUCCAGUUUUUUGAUAAAAUGUCUGAUGAGUGAAAAAAAAAGAGUAUACUGAGCUGUCAAAACUUUGGUAAAAUUAUAUUCGUUCACUUUUUCAAUUAAAGCUACAUCGAUCGAUUGAAGAAUUAUGAUUAUGGACUUUGAAAGAUAGGAUAAUUUCGAGUUUUAAUUUUUAAAAAAAUUGGUAAUUGCUAACUCUGCACAUUCGCCGCGAGUCGAAACAUUCUGAUUUGCUUUUUUUCUUUUUCUUUUUUUACCGGCGAGGUAAUAAAAACAUGAAACAGCAAGUAAAAAAAAAGGGAGAGCAGAGAAAUCAGACAGUUUUUGGCGAACGAGCGACACUAAAUUUGUCAAGAUUAUAAAUAGUUUUUCGAACCUAGUAAACCGAGUGAGCAUAGUGCACAAGGCGUUGAAGUUAUUGAAGAUUUCGGUUCGAGAAAUUUCAUGGGUUUACUUUAAUAUUUUAUUCCUCUGUAACAACUGACAUUGAAGGUGGCAGAAGGCGUCGCCGGACCUGAUAAAGGGGUUCCUUUGGCAGGAGACGCGAGCGGCGGAGACCAGGCCGACUAUCGACAGAAGCUGCUCCACAUCAGGCAGGUCUACAACGAGGAGCUCCGGAAAUAUGAAGACGUCAGCCAAUUCCCAACAUCAAAAUUCCAUAACUCAUGAAUUUCCAGGCCUGCGCAGAGUUCACCCAACACGUCAGGUCCCUGCUCAAAGAUCAGUCCAUCUUGAGGCCGAUCAACCAUAAGGUGAGGAACCAUUACUAGUUUCAUCUCAAGUUGGAGUCGUUCUUCAGGAAAUUGAAAGAAUGGUCUGCAUCAUUCAGAAGAAGUUUAGUGGUAUCCAAGUGCAACUGAAGCAGUCCACUUGUGAAGCUGUCAUGAUUUUGAGAAGCCGAUUUUUAGAUGCUAGGUGAGAUAAAAGUAUUUUUUUUCGUCUUUGAAUGGACAUAUUAUAGACGUAAGCGCCGAAACUUUUCCAAGCAAGCGACCGAAGUGCUCAACGAGUACUUCUAUUCGCACUUGAGCAAUCCGUAUCCUUCCGAAGAAGCCAAGGAGGAGCUCGCCCGACAGUGCAACAUAACUGUCUCUCAGGUAACUUCUUUUACUAGGUCCGCCCGUGUUUUGUUUUGCUUCCCUGACAGUGAAUUUAUUUUGCGGUUGAGAAUCUCGUUAAAACUGGCCAGAAUGCUUUUUGAAGUUUUAGAAUAGGAUCCUGUAAUUAUUGAACUGCACAACUUUCUAAUUUCCGAAAAACAAAAAUAAAAAGGCUUUUUUUGGGUUUUGAGCACUUAUUUCUCGAAAAUUAGGAAAGAGUUUUGUACUUGAAGAGUGUUCAUUUUGGUACAUCAAAGUAUACUAGCCAAUUUACAAGAAAUUUCCUGCCGUAAAGUGGAAUGAACUUCCUUGUGGCAGCUUAUUUUUUAAAGCUUUAUUUGUCUAACUACUGUUCCAAGAAAGAACAUGAUUGAAGGUGUCCAAUUGGUUCGGAAACAAACGGAUCAGGUACAAGAAGAACAUCGCCAAGGCUCAGGAGGAAGCCAACAUGUACGCCGCCAAAAAAGCUGCAGCCCAUGGCCUUGGAGGUACAGUCAUUUCUGCGAAAUUUUGAAAAACUUUAGUUUUUCUAGGCAUGGCAGCGUCGUAUGGAAUUCUUCCUGGAGCUUCUGCGGGCAUCCUGAAUCCCUACCCAGGAAUGCUGCCAGGCCAAGACCUUUCUCACAUGGGAAUGAGUUCUGCCUUCGACCUUAGCGCCUACAAUCCUCAACUGGUCAGUUGUUAAUGUUUAGCUAAAGUUAAAACUUUUUCUCCUACAACGAAGAAUUAUUUUUUUUUCUGUUGAAUUUUCUCUUACAAGACCUGAAUGCGCUAUUGAAAAAAGAAUGCAAGUUUUCCAUAUUUUACAAAAUUUUUUUCAAAAUGUUUCCUGGUGGAAACUGAGUUUUUCGAUUGCAUAUUUAACCGGUUCAAGAGGAUUUUCAUUGAAAAAUUGAAAUUAAAAUUAUGUUUAAAGAUAAAAAUGUUAAAAAAAACAAAAUAUUUUUAGUGGGAAAAAGUUGAGAAAUGUCGCCGUAGCGAGUUUGAACAGUCCUUGACUUUCGCCGGUUCCCUCAAAAUACCACUCAAUCUCUGAACGAUUUCAGAUGGCGCAGUAUCAACACCAACACCAACAACAAUCGAAUCUCGAGGAGAAGCCAUGA